AUGGACCAACCCAAUAGAUCACAACUCAUCGUCGAGCUGCUCAACGACGAACGCGAACAGGUCAAACUCCUUGGAUUCGAACUCGCUUCGCGCGACCUUUCAGCCGGCACCACGCUCAGUGCUGAAGCCGCGAACGCCGCGAUCGAUUUGCUCCAUGAUCCCCUCCCAAGCAUCCGAGUGGGUGCCGCGCGACUCAUCAACCGACUCGCGUUACCUGAUGCAAUGACCCUGCUCACGAAUACACUCAACAUGGAGCAAGAUCCAAGCGUCGCCGAAGCCUUGCUCCGAGGAAUCGAGCGUUGGCCCAACGAGAAUGCAAAAGAGAGCGUUCUCAAGUGGUACAAAUCAUCAACACCUGCGAGAGCCGCCGCCGCCAACGCCGCUUGGCAAAUCGCUGAUCUCGGACUCUGGGAUACAACCCAACACGAAUCGCAAAUUCAGUCAGUCUACCGCUCCAUCCCAGACGACCAACUCACCCAAUCAGACUUAAGGCUGAUCGCUGCAACAGGAACCACCCCCGACAUCAAUCGACUCAUCGGACUCGCCAAACAGAGCGAGUAUGCAAAGCAAACCGAAGCCGCGAACGCGCUCGCGUUUACACCGCUCGGCGUUGAUCCACUCAUCAACCUCGCAUCCACCCAUCCAAACUUCGCACCCGCCGCAGCAAAGGCUAUCGAUCGUCACCGCCUCAACCCCAACGGCAUCCGCCAGAUCGCACUACUCGAUUGGCCGACAACCCAAGCCCGCACUGAAACACUGAUCCAGCUAUGCGAAAAACUCGAUCACGAGCAGCUCACCACCACCAUCAGGCUCACUCAAACAGACAACACCAUCAAUGACGCUCUUGCGAUCAGACUUCUAAAUCGUCUCAUCGCUGGCGCUCAGACCGUGUCCCCCAGAUCCGCACCAGGCGUCGCACUGCUCGCACAACUGGAACUUAAAAACCUUCGCCCCGAUCGUGCCCUCGAAGCAAUCUCUCUCCUUCCCGAAUCCGGACUCGAUCCUGACACGGCACACCGCGCCCAUAACACCUCCGCCAUCUCCCACAUCCUGCUAGGUGAGUUUGACCUCGCCGAUCAACUGACCCAAUCACCUCAGACAUGGUUCGAUGCAAUCCAACUGCAGAGCGAUACCAACGCUCAGCUCAGAAUCGCAUCCGCGAUCCAAGCACGAUCCUUCGAGCUCUCUGAAGACCAGCAGGAAAUGCUCGACACCUUGCUCGAUCAAAGACACGCCAUGACCAGAGAUGAGAUCCUCGAAAAAAUCCGUGAAAUCCUCGUUGACGCGCUCGCCGUAGACGACGAUGAGGUCACACCAGAGGCAACCCUCAUCGGAGACCUCGGCGCCGAGUCCAUCGAUAUCCUCGAUAUCACCUUCAAGCUCGAACAAGAGUUCGGUUUCAAAAUCGCACAAGGCGAACUCUUCCCAGAAGGCAUCACCCAAGAUCCCGAGUAUGUCCAAGACGGCAAAGUCACCGCGAAGGGCCUCGAGAUGCUCAAAGAACGCGGCCCACACUUCGACAUGGCGUCACUCGAAGCCGACCCAUCCGUCGAGAAUGUCCGCAAGAUCUUCACCGUCGAUGCGCUGAUCAACUUCUGCGAUCAGAAGCUCCAAGAUCAUCUCCACGACCACUUCGCCGCGACCGACACACGCCCCCCACUUCCUGUGAUGCCCAUGUCCCUCAUUGUCGAAGGCAUGGCCCAAACCGCUGGGAUCCUCGUCGGACAUGCAUCGGACUUCAAAGAAAAGGUCGUCCUCGCAAAGGUCGCCAAAGCAACGCUCUCCAAAGACCCCACUCCCGGAUGCACGCUCCGCUACACCGCAACCAUCGAUCGAUUCACAGACUCCGGCGCCUCAACCAACGGCGUCGUCGAUCUCUACGACCCCACCACCAGUUAUCAGGACCAAACGCCCGCACAACCAGAACGGAUCGGGGAAAUCAACCUGAUUUUCUCCCAUCUUGAUCGCAACGCAGCCGGGACGCAGUACCCUGAAGAGAACUUUGUGUUCAGCGAUUCCUUCCGCACGCUCUUGCGAACCAGCGGCAUCGUAGACCGCACCGAGCGCCGCGUGCACACCGCUCACCGAGGGGUCGCGUACAAACGACUCAUCCUCACACUCAACGAAGCCAACGCCCUCGCGUUCCGUGCCAACGAGUAUGCCGAACUCAUGUACGAAUCCGAAGAAGUGGAUGAUGAGACCAAAGAAGACGCGAUGCGCCUCGUCGAUGAAACCAAAGCAUUCGCCGACGACAUCGAAUGGUCACUCGCCAACAACCAGCGAAUGACCUGGCACCGCAACGAGAUGAACCGACUCUGGGGCAAGUUCAAAAAGCUCUACCCAGAAGACAAGGACUUCGCCAACGACUACACCACAUGGUCGAUGCGCAAGCCAACCCCAAAGCUCCGUCUCAAGAAGAACUACGCCGAGAACUACGGCAUCCAAAAAACCAAGCCACGCUGGGAUGACCUCCAACCAGUCAUCCGCGAGUUCUACGAGACCGAAUAA